AUGAGCUUGCCAGGUUUGCUUCGAGAUCGUAACUCUGGGAUCAGACAAGCGCGCUUGGAAAUUUACGGUCGAAAUCGGUUUCUGCAAGAGUACCGUUCUUAUCAUGCCGAUUGCGUGAGAAUAGACGCAGAGGCGCUUCCAGCUGGUCUGGCCUUUCAUCCCACAGCGCCGCAAGAUGUCCUUCUCGUCGCAGAUGACAAAGGCACUGUCGGGAUCAUCAACACAGAUAUCGUCGACAACAACGAGCGCGGAGUUCUCCUCCAUCAAUGGCGGCCACACAGAUCAGCAAUUUCCGACGCCAAGUGGACCUGUGAUGGCUCUGGAAUUCUCAUCUCGUCCGCUGAUCACUCGAUUAGUUAUUGGAAGGGGAAACAGCUGGUUUCCUCUUUUCAGUCUCCCCUCGGCUCUGGCUCUGUAAAAUGCCUCGCUCCUUCGCCUACUGAUCCUCAUGUCUUUGCCGCCGGUGGGAGAGACUGUGAUCUGUCAAUUUACGACACUCGUGAGAAACGCAAAGUCAACGCCACCCAGCGCAUUCUUCCCUGCCGCCACAUCGAUUUCGCUCACUUCGACUUUCCCAGCGAGAAGAAGAAAAAGUCCCAAAUCACACCCGACGCGUGCAAAAACAAGACCAUCUCAAGCGCCAUUUAUACCUCCGAAUAUGAGCUCUACACUUGUGGAAUGUCCGACAAGUGUAUAAAACUCUGGGAUACGCGCAAACUCUGCCGGCAUACUGACAAUAGACUCUGUUUAAAGAGUCCUAAAGGGCCGACUGGAACUGCUCGUCCGUUCACCUCGCUCACUGCUUCGUCUACCUCAAUUUUCGCUUCUUGUCUGGAUGGAAGUAUUUACGAAUUCCAGCGCGAUAUGCCAGACGGUCCCCGCCGCGCUUUCCAAGGCCACGAAUUGAACGGCACUGGAAAUAAUCAUGUGAAAAUAGCCGUCUCCCCGUGCGGCAAAUACCUUCUAUCAGGCAGUACCGAUGGUUGCCCGCGUAUUUAUCCACUAGACGAACCUGUCAGUGAAUAUCCUCGUUCUUAUCCACUCGAGCGUACUGUAAAAGGAAUAAAAGUCGGAAAGGACAUAGAUCCAGUGAUGUUCGUCGCUUGGUCUCGAAAAGGUCGAUUCGCCCUAGCUGCUGAUGACUGUAUAGUCUCUGUAUUCCACAAUGACAUUGUUGAGAAAAGACACAAUCGCUACAAAAAUGAAGUGGUCAAAGCCGAACUGGUUGAAGAGAACUUGACGAUUUCCUACAAAAAUAGUGCCAAACCGCCCAACAGUGAAUCAACGGAAGAUACAUUAAGCGAGAUGAACAGAAAAUUCAAAACAAUGUCUACAGGCCCCUCAAAGAUCUGGAACAAUUUCCGGACGACUCCGGUCAAACGCAAGUUCGUCGAGGAUCAAUCAACGCCGAAGCCCGCUGCUAAAAAGAUUUUAAUAAAAUCAUCUCGUUCCAAUAUUCUCAAAACGAACACGCCAACUGGCACGCCAAAUCGAAGCAUCAAGUCAUACUUUUCUCCCCGCCCAAAGGAGUAG